GGGUGACCUGCCUGCGCUUUUUUGCGAAAAGUCUCCUUGACGCUUGCAAGGAACAUAGUUUUGCGAUAAUUCUCCCGCUGUUUCUCAUCGCGCAUGAGGGGAGAUUUGCGCGAUGAAGCGGGCCCUAAGUCCUCAUCAUUUUCCUGGCGCCUUCUUUUCCUUGGGUUCAGGGCAUUCAUUGCCGCUAAAUUUUGUGGCCAAGCGCUCACGGCUCCCGAUCACGUGCGCAUGGGAGCAUGACUGUGAGCCUUUCGUGUGGUUGCAAGCAAGUGGUUGGAAAUUCUUCUUUAAAUUCAGGUUAUGCUCGCAGAUGAGUUCUCAGGGGAGACCUAAAAGACCUUACGGUGGGCGUCCUCUUCGACCUAGACAAUCUUCACACGCGUCCAGCGAUGGCCGACCAGUGCCAGAUCAUCCUGGCCAUGCCUCCUACUACACUUCUUCUGCUGAGGAAAGCAUGAUUCGAGGGGGCUCUAGUAAUGCAUAUGUGCCAUAUCGCGAUGUCUCGGCAGGUGCAGGGGAAUUGAUUUCGUCACUGAUCGAGGAGGAGCCAGGUUUCUUCCCUUCGGCCGAUUCUGUUCAUCCUCUUGUUGCAAGCCCUACCCAAUUGUCUGAAGCAACUACACGGGAAGUCAUGAUGCCUCCUGAAACGGAUCCUUUAUUUCCAUCAACAGUAUUCGAAUCCCCUAAGCCGUUAACGUCCAAGUCUUUGACAUCAAGUAGUUCUCCCCCCCCAUCCCGCCCGUCCUCUCGUGCUUCCGGUGCCCGUCAAGUUGCAGCUUCCCCUCCUGCGAAGGAUCCGAGGGCUCUUUGGGGGCAGCUCCGUAACGCGGUUCUUCCUUCCUUCCCAACACCGGCUCGUCAACUAACCAAUGAGUAUUCGCCUCCCCCUUUCCGCCCUUCCACUCCGUCCUCUAUCGCAUCUUCACAGAAACCCUCCCGAUUUCCUAAGCUUAGGAAUACAGUCGAACAACUCCGAAAGACUGAUAUUGAGUCAGAAAUUGAGUUGGCCUGCAGUACAAUACGGUCGGCAGUUGCUUCAGAUCCGGGAGUGUGGGGAUUGCAGCGUAGCGCCGAUGCUGAUCAUUCUCACAGUUCCAGUAGUGGCGGUAACUCUGGACUUGCGAGAAUUGGAAGGGGCUUGAGGCGGGUGCCGUCAACUGGAUCGGUGGCCACCGCUACAACGAAGAAACGGACUCAGUUUUCUGGGUUCUUCCAGUUGCAAUCAACUCUUUCUCACUUCUCAUCUCUUCCGGCUUUUUCUUACACCCUUCCUCGGCAGACAGAGGUCCUUGCUGUGCUACUGUUGCCCUUCCACUGGAGAUCCAAGGGCAACCGAAGAGUGAGUUCCGAAGAGGCGUGUUCUCGUGCUGUGGAUGUGUUUCAAAUGAUCUUGACCAAUUGGAAGUCGGACGCAAUUGAGGGAGAGGUUGAAAGAAUCUUGUGGUGCCUCAAAGCACUUGCCUUCAAUCACUCGGAGCAGCCAGUGUCGUCGAUAUCUAUGCACUUGAUGGCUUCAGUCACUACGUUGCUGCACAAUCCACCAGCCCUGAGGCCACACGUGCCUCCAAUCAUACAACAAACGAUCUUGCAGCACCUUAUUUUGUUUCAACGCACCGUAAUGUCAUCUCAGCAGCCGCUCGAGUUGUCCAAUAUUGCUCGCCAGGUAACAGAUCUAAUACACCAUGUCCAAGGUGGUGGAUUUGCUCUCACAGAUGAGGAGAGUUUGGUAUCUGAAUACAACCUUGUCCUCGACCAUCGGCUAAGCGCCGAAGAAAGAGAUCUUGCAAAUUCAUAUAUGUUCAGUGAGGCAGUCACGCGGCUCCUGCGGGUGGCAAACAUGAACACCCAGGCAUGGAUUUUAAAUCAGCUUUUGGAUUCUUACUGGCAUGCCCCUGGUACUCUCGGCCGUUCAGUUAUUGCGCCCAUCGCUCUGAGAAGGCUGAGUGCUUUCACGGAAUUCGCUGUUGACCGUCUGGGUGACGAUAAGCUCGCAGAGCAAAAUCCAGAUUCACACGAAACUGCCCGACUGAUCCUUGGUGUUCUCCGCUCUCGGAUCAUACCCGAAAGUUCCGCCUUAUUUGAAUCUAAUCCACUGUGCAUGUCUCAUGCAGUAUGCGUAGUCCUCGGAUUGCUUAAACAUCGAUCUACUCGUGACGACGCACACAGCAUCAUUGAUGAAUGGAGAGUAAGCGAAAUGGGGGCGACUUGGCGCGAUGCCCUGGAGCACGAGCUCAAGUCAAUGGCUGCGAGGGACGAACCGAAGCGGCUUUACUCCAACAUCAAGAGUGUGUUUGAAGGUACUUCCGGCCACUGCAGAAGAUAUCUCCUGUCGGUCGUGCUACCGUAUCUAUUUGACAGACUUGUUGCUGCGCCAAUUUCACCGUCGACACCUUUUACUACUCUGCUUAAUUCUAUUGCCCAAGCCUAUCCGCAGAUUUUCUACAAGCCUUUGUUUGACUGUGCGAGAACAAACAAGGAUUUGACUGUAGUGGCGCAGAUCCGGAUACUUGUCGCAUUGUCCGACCACAUACCUGAUCUCUUUGUCCGGAACGCGGAGAUGAUGACGGUAGCGCUUUUGAGCAACGUUGGUGCGACUGUGGGGAAAGGAAAAGCACGAGCGGGCAACACUCAAUGGGGUAAAGCACGGAUUGGACAGUGCGUUCUGAUGACCGAACUCCUCACGAAGCUUCAUACCCUCACGCCGAAGGUACCUAAUCUGGAGGCUUCCGUUUUUGACGUGCCACCUUCGGACGACUUCUUCGUUCAACUCGAGAAUAAAAUUGCAGUUCUUCUGAAUGCUAAGGAACAGACAAGUAUGAUUCCUUUCUCCCAGCGCAUCCUCCUUUGUCAAUUGUUCCUGAAAAUACGAUCAUACUCCCCCUCCACAAGACGUGCGCUCUGGUUACCUACUGUGGUCAACUGGGCCGCUCAGUGUGAUAUCGGUACAAUGUCCACUCCAGUCCCUCACCCUGGGGACGAUUCAUUCGAGCACAGUGAAGAGGGCCUUCUUGUUGAUGAGGAUGUAAUCGAGGAAGCAGAUUUCACCUUGUCAAAAGUAGGGAUGAUAUACACGUCUAGCUUUGCGCCCAGUAGGGUGUCCCAAACGACGAGUGCGCUUGUCCUGCAUGCUCUUGACUUCGCAGCAAUGGACAAAGUGAAUGCGUCAAAUCUGCAGGAACGCGAAUUUGUCAGAAAUAACUUUCCUCGGAGCGUUAAAGCUGCCUCGUUGCCGUUGCUCGUCGCAAUGUAUAGUCAGCUGCGGGAGCAUGAUUUCCGUAGAAUCCUGCCUUCGAUCUGGCUCUCAGGUCUUGAAAAUCCUGAUUCGCGUCUCGUAGCUUCUGCCUGCUUUUUGUUCAUGUUAUGUGCCGAGAAGUUACCAACGCAAGCAAACCGUUUGAUGGAAGAUGACUUACACAGCGACGUCAUCGAUGUCAGACAUCGUGCACUUCAGAAGCUGUCAAUAUUAUACAGUUGGCGCCAUCAAAUUUUAGCCCAAGUACCCGGUCAUACAGACCAUCGGCUUUUCAGGGUGGCUGCUAAACCUCUUCCCUUCGUAGCAACUGACAUGGGCAGUCAGAAAUGGGCAUCUAAUCAAGCACCGGAGGAUGCUCUUGUCCUGCUUGGUGCAUCCCUUCCAGGAGAAAUAAGACGUAGGCUUCUUGAAUUGGAUUGGAUCAGAACUGCCAAGGAAAAAGAGGAGGAGCGGUUAAUCAAAUGGCAUCAACUUCCUCUCUCGAUCCUUCCUAAGGUUACUUUCGAUGUUGCGGAACAUCAACAGAACAAUGCUCCUGCAACGCCCCAGUCGCCAAUGCCCACUGGGCCUGGGGCCAGUGGACUUUUGCGGAGGAAGUCGAGCAUUGGAUAUUCGGCUGUCCGCCGCAGGGCGGUUCUAGUGCCAUCAAUUGUGCAAACCAUCUCAAAGCUUACGAGUUUAUCCGAAGAUCACGAUCUUUUCGUUUCAGUCACAGCGCAACAGCUCCUGUUUUCUGCACUGAUAGAUGAUCCUUCAACCAUAUGCCGCCCCUCAAUCGAGGCACUCAAUGAUCCCUUCAGCACGUCCUCUGACACUGCCAGUGCCUUAAGCGCCUAUCUACAUAUUCAAACGCACCUUCCUCCCCUUCUUUCACACCAUAUUUUGAAUCAUUUGGCUGGACACGUCAAGAACCUUCUAAGGAACUCCGACUCUCCGAACAAACUUCCGCGCGUUGCCUCCGUCAUGCCUCUUGUCUCUCGAUUAGCAUCCACGGUUAGCGAUUUGACAUUCCGAGACAUGAAGCGAAAUAAGGCCGAAGCUUUAUUACUCCCCACGUUUUCCCUGUGGCUUUCGGACAUCACCCAUAUCAGCUCGCUCAGGUCACAAUCGCAAUCUUCGCAACCGCGAAAUGGGCAAGAUGAUGAAGAGUUCAUUCCGGAUGUGGUCACAUUCCGAAUUGCACAGAACAUGUUUUUAUACCGUCAUAUCCUUCGCCACCAGAAAGAUAUACAACUGAUACGAAGACAGUUCUCCGUGUUGCAACUUCCGUCCGCCCGAUACACCCUUCCUCUACGUCCAGUCGACUUCGUUCCCACAGCGAGAGAGGAUCCGUCUUCAACCACCGGUACCGUGCCUCACUUGUCUCUCACCCUUUCCCGCUCGUAUCUCUUGGUUACUCUGGAAAUUCUUCGUUCCAUCAGUCGAAGUUCUACUGACAUGUCUGAGGUAUCAAAGUUCAUCGAUGGAAUCAACCUUGUUAUGGUGGUUCAUGGAGAUGACCUUGGAAUUGUGAGCCAUUCUUUGAUGGCUUAUAUGACUGCGAGUACUCGCUUUUGGCGACUUUUCGCCACACAUUCUGGCUUUGGCAUGAUAAUGCCAGCCAUCCUUAAGGUCUACUGCGAAAGAUGGCAUCACACUGGGAUUCGCGCGGCCAUUGAGUACACCAUCCAACGCUUCUACGCUCUUCACGAAAAGGCGUUCAUUUUCCAAACUCUGGAUGCUUUUUCAAGGAUGUUAAUGUCACCAACCCUGACUUCCAGCAAAGAAGCGUUUGCGAACCAGGUGUUUCCUCUAUUCGUCUCGCUACAUACUGUACAACAGGGUCGCACCUUUGAUGCCGCUGGUAUCCACGGCUCGAACGUUGGCCAGGAACGCGAAGCAGUGCUGACACUCUUGAAUGAGAGUCCUGAGGUGCUCCUCCUUCCUUCGAAAUCACAAGGGGUGGACCCCACCAAUGAAGUCGUCCUUUCUACUUUCUCAAAUCUCGUCGAGAAAUGGAAGGGACGCCGAUUCCCCUUCGAGGAUCUCAUUCGUCUGAUACUGACUAUCAUUGCGCAUGCACCAACCGCUAAACGCGCAGAAGGCUUCCUACGGAUACUUCGAUGUUGGGCCGUUAAUCUUUAUGCGGACUCCACGAGCACUCGGACCCUACUCCAACAAGGUAUAGAAGCCCUAGGUGGGACCCUAUUCGGGAAAGUUGGCAGAAGACCCAGGGCUCAAGAUGCGCCCAAUACGAGCGACAGCCCGUAUCGAGACGAAGCACAGCAAGACGAACAGUCGAUAUCCACUUCCCCCGCCGAUCCCAACGUUUUACGCCAGGAGUACAUCGUCCUGGUCAUCAGGUUCAGUAGCGCUGGUGGGAUGUUGAGCACUCACACUUUGCGCGCCACUUUCGAGCUUGUACAGUAUGUAGUCAGAGAUCAAGGAGUAAGAGCGGGGACUUUGGCGACGGAUUUUGUGCAGCAAAUGACGAAACGAAUGCUGGCCAAGGAUGCGAGACUUCCCCCAAAACAAGUUAUACCAUUCCUCACGGAGAUUGGGAUCUUAUUUCGAGAACUUGACUCCGUAGUUGACCUCUCGAGCGUCAUCGACGCAGUGACAUCACUGAUCAAGGACGGCUCUUUCUCCUCUGACAGAGAAUUUGUUCAAACCGUGGUUUCACAGUUUUGUCGACAGGCCUUGGAAGCCUGCGUUCUUGCAGCAGGUGAGAGGCGUCUCCUUGAUUACGCCCCAAGACAGUCCAUCGUGUCGCUUCUCGUUGCGGCUGCGACGCUGCCGGAUUCUAUUGUUAUUUCGAUGAUCGAACAGCAACCACCUACGCCGGCCUUCCUGGCUUGCAUCAUGUUACCCUUUUGCUUUAGAGUCCAGUUUCAGGGCGUCACACCAGGCCGAGGUUGGAUUCGACUGUUAGCUUACGUCAUGGACGGGUACAAUCGCAUGCCGAGCAUGAAUGUGGAGAUGAACAGGAGCAACACACUGGGAGGCUCGAUUGAGAAGGCCGAAAAGGGUCAAAACCCCGGUUCAAAUGUGAAUCCUCGUGAGCGGUCCGCACGGGCGAUGGUUGUUUUACAGAUUAUCAAAGUUAUCGUCGUUCGAAUGAGUGUCGACUCUCAGUACAUUGUCCACGGUUUAUGGUCACGGAUAGCGAGCUUCAUCCGGCGUCUCCUAAUGGAAGGGAGCAUCAGCUUUGUAUUAUUUUUAUCUCGAGCGAAGACCCCGCAUGCGUCCAGGUCCACCAGCCCUUUCUCACCAGACAUUGUGGAGUCAAAGCGUGUCUCUUUCUCGUCCUCCGAUAUCCAUGGCGAAUCAAACGUUUCUCAUACUCUGCAACAAAUCCGAGCGAGUGAUUGCAUCCUUUCUUCAAUGCUGGAAUUCAUCACGCUUUACCGCUCACCACUCACCCUCCAACUGCGACCUUGGGCUCAGGGACUCUUUGCUGAGCUCGAGUCAUCCAAGCAGUCACUCGGGUUUCCGAGCCCAUCCCCUUCCAGUCCUGGUUCUAGAAGGGUAUCUUCCGUGUUCUCAAAAGUCCGACCACGCAGCACGCAGUCUCCUGAUAUCUCGCCGCAACCAACAUCUCAUGACCUUCCAUCGAUUUUGGCAAUGUAUUCAGAAGAUGAUCUCCGGCAAGCCGGGUACACAUUACCUCGAUCAAGGUCCGCCUCGCCGUCUCAUGUGGGCGCUUCCCGAAACAUUGUGCAUCUGGGCCCAGUCACGGCUCGGCGUGUAAAUUCUGAGGGUAGCUCAGAGGAUCACGCAGCAUUUGUUGAUCGAAUUGUUUCGGCGGACCUCCUCCAGAGUGCAGUCAAGAAGAUACACGUAGCUCAAGCCUGGUUCGGAUUUGGUAAUGAGGACGUGAUUGUUCAUGCCUGGACGAGGGGAGUUGCUUUAGAACGAAUUGCGGAAGAGACGAAAGGUUUUAUGCGCGAGUACCAGGACGUUUUCAGUCGUUCUGUUCGCGAUUCCUACGUCGAGGUGCUGCCAGUAUAAUUUAUGGCAGUAUUUAUGGAGUGUUUAUCAUUAUGCAUUCGGCGAUAGCCUGUACAUUUAUUCAUUUCAUGCCGUUAUGUGUUACAUAAGUUGAAGUCCGACGCUGCCUAUGAUCC